GGCUCUAUCGUCUCCUCAUCAGCUUCAACAAGGACAAUCAUUUCCGCUUCAGGCACAGAGUGAGGGUGGGGCUUGGAUGACUUCCUCAGUUCAGGGCUAUGUGUGGGGGAGGGGAGGCCAGUGGCUCAGCUGGGAGGACCAGGCCUGAUACAGCCAUGACCCAGUGGCAAACCCAAGUCCAGUCUCCUGACCCUUGCUAACCCAAGUGCCUGGGGCUUGUCCCCAGCUGGCCACACCUCUUGUGUGCCUCAGAGCCUAGGUUACCCCUUCCCCACAAGCAGUUGCAUCUCAGGGAUGCCACAGGCUUUGAGCUUCUGUCAGAGCUGACACCUCACUGGACCGCUGACUCUUAAGCUAAGUACAGGCCCUGAAAACCAUCUAUGGGGGUGAGGCUUUUCCCAGUUGAUGGGGGGUUCCCCAUCCUAGUUAACUUGAUUCUAACUUAUGAGCCUGUGGGGGAAGAAGUAGAAAGGCAGGGGAAUUGAACUCAACCUGGCGCAGGCAAGAGCCAGUGCUAAGACCUUCAGACUCUGCUUAGGGCCCCUCUGCAGGCUGAAAAUUUCCCCUGGGCCUGUGGGGAGGUAGGCGGAGCCUCCUCAGGCCCAGCUCCAGUUUCCAUGGAAACCCAAGGCUUCCCACCCCCUGGCUGCUCGAGCAGGCUCUGAGCCUGGGCCUCCUUCUUCACUGCGUCGGCUCCAGCCUCUGGCUCUCUUAGGUCCCCUUCUGUUUGUCCCCGUUCCUGAGGCUGUGGCCUCCUCAGCAGGCUUCUGAUGUCUUUUAAAGGAACCUGGGCCUCUUCUUCCUUAAAGAAGAAGAGCUUCUCAGCCAACAGGUCUCCUGGGCUCCUGCCCCUCCCUCUCAGGCCUCUCUAGUCUCCUCACCACCUCAGGGCCUGACUGGGGCCCCCCUGAGACAAACAGCAGCAGGUCUCCUGGGCCACUCUACUCAUCCCCUUUCCCACCCAUGGAGACCCCAGGACUGGUCGUGCAUGGACAGGCUGCGCCCUUUUCCACAGCACUCCGAAGCCUUGUCAACAACCCCCAAUACAGUGAUGUUUGCUUUGUGGUUGGUCAAGAACGGAAGGAGGUAUUUGCCCACCAGUGCUUGCUGGCUUGUAGAUGCAACUUCUUCCAGCGACUUCUGGGCUCAGAGUCAGGCCCUGAGGUGCCUAGACCCGUGGUACUGAGCACGGUGCCAGCAGAAGCCUUCUUGGCAGUGCUGGAGUUCCUGUACACCAACAGUGUCAAGCUGCACCACCACUCCGUGAGCACCCUGAGCAGGGCUUGGGUGGGAGAGGCUGGGGUGCAGGAGUCUGCCUGCUACACUGUGGGCCCAUGGGCAGGGGAAACUCCCUUGCUUCCUCAACUGCCCUCACUGCAGGUGCUGGAGGUGCUGACGGCAGCUGUGGAAUAUGGGCUGGAGGAACUUCGAGAGUUGUGCCUGGAGUUUGUGGAGAAGGUGCUGGAUGUGGAGCUGGUUUGUGAGGCCCUGCAGGUGGCUGUAACCUUUGGCCUAGGGCCGCUGCAGGAGAGAUGCAUAGCUUUUAUAGAAGCCCACAGCCAGGAAGCGCUCCAGACCCGCGGCUUCCUGGAGUUGUCAGCUGCUGCGCUCCUGCCUCUGAUGCGGAGCGACAAGCUCUGCGUGGAUGAGGCUGAGCUGGUCCGGGCUGCCAGGAGCUGGGCGCGCGUGGGAGCGGCUGUGCUGGAGCGGCCUGUGGCCGAGGUGGCGGCCCCGGUGGUGCCAGAGCUGAGACUGGCCUUGCUGGCCCCGGCGGAGCUCAGCGCCCUGGAAGAGCAGAACCGGCGAGAGCCGCUCAUCCCGGUGAGGAGGCGGAGAACCAGACCCAGCUGCUUGCAACGUGGCGAAAGGGAGCUGGAGGGCGUGGCUCGGCUCGGGGUCUUCGGAAAUGGGGCACUGCAAGUCUGCGGUGACCAGCCUUCUCUUCCAGGUGGAGCAGAUCGUGGAGGCGUGGAAGUGCCACGCUCUGCGGCGAGGGGAUGCAGCCCAGGGGGCACCUUGCCGCCGCCGGAGGGGGACCCUGCCCCGGGAGCACCACCGCUUUCUGGACCUGCUCUUCAAAUGACGCCAGGCCCCGUCUUGGGUCUGUCGAAACUUCAGCUCCCGACACACUCUGCGCUCGGAGCGGGCUUCUGCUCCUGGCAUGCUUGACAAGCCCAGCGCCGGAAGAAGGUUCUGUGCAGGGCGCUAGCUGAGCCUGGUGCUUGGGGUGAGGUCUGUGGCGCGGGACAGUGAGAGGAGGGCUGGGCCUCGUGGCAAGGGCAAAACCCCAAAGCAAGGGUUCCUUCGCUCCACGCCCUCACUCUCCUAACCAGCCUGCUCUCCUGAUUCCCACGUUUAUCUGUUCAGUUUAGCCUCCCCUUUAAUAACAGACCUGUCUCUUAGAGCUCCCGCCCAGAGUACCCUACAGACGACGCAGCACAGUGCUAAAUCUAGUUUCUCAUCUUUCAGAAGCUCUGCUCUCAGCGUGCCUGUCAUUUGCGUGGGUGCCCACGCCGAACACUUGGAUCUCAUCCUUCCCUUACCCUUCUCCCACACCUGCCUCACGUAGCUUCUGCUUUUUUUUUUUUUUUUUUUUUCCCGAGACAGGGUCUUGUUACGUGGUUCAGACUGGCCUUGAACUCACUGUGUAGCCUAGGCUGGCCUGGAACUUGUGGCGAUCCUCCUGCCUUAGCCUCCCAAGUGUGGGACCACAAGAAUGUGCCACCAUGCUGGGCUCACACAUAAUCCAUUUUGUAAAGGUUAGGUGAAUAUUUUCCCAUUUAAAUCUCACUUUAGUCCAUAGAAUUUUUUUUUUUUUGUACUGGGGAUCGAACUCGGGUCCUUGCACUUGCGCAGCAGGGGACGAAACCACUGAGCUAAAUCCCCGGCCUAGAAUUUUUGUUUUACUUUUUUAUUUAUUAUUUUUUUACUUUUUUAUUUCUUAGAAUCACAGGGUGAGCCAAGCAUGGUGGACCAUGCCGGUAAUUCCCAGCACUUGAGAGGCUGAGAGUCAGAAUCUGUAGUUCAAGAUCAGCGUGGGAUACAUAUCGAGUUCAAGGCCAGCCAUGGACUACAGUGGGGAGAUCUUGUCUCACAAAAGCCAAAAAGGCCUGGCAUGGUAUCACACGCCUGUGAUCCCAGCACUCCGGAAACUGAGGCAGGAGGCUUGCUGGGAGUUCGAGGCCAGCCUUAACUGUGCAGCCACACCCUGUCUCAAAGAACAUGUGUGUGUGCGCGCGUGCGUGCAAAACUCGGUAGGAGAGCAUGUGCGUGUGUGAGAGACCCUGGGCUCAAUUCUCAGCACAAAACAAAGUCAGAACAAGUGGCAUAGUGAUUGUGUCUUUCAGGAUACUUGAAUUUAAACUCCACUUUCACCAUUUACUGUCUUUGUGACUUGUCUGAGACUAUAUUCCAUCAUUCUAUGACUCAACUUUUAUGAUAUCAGGGAUUGAAUCCUGAGCCUUUCCUAUGCUAGGCAGGUGUUCUACCACUCAUCUGUAUCCUAGCCCAGUUUUGUUAUUUAUAAAGUGGAUAUAAGAACCUAUUUAGGUGUGGUGCACACCUGGAAUCUGAGCAAUCUGAGAGGUUGACCCAGGAGGACCACAAGUCAGAGCUCACUUUGAGACAGGUUAUUCCUCUGUAGUCCAGGCUGGGCUCAAAGUCUUAGCCAGCCUCUUGCCUCAAGCGUUGGACCACUUGGCAAAAUAAAUUUUAAAUAUGCUGAGAACGUAGCUCAGUGAAAAGGCCCUGGGUUCACUCCCCCGUACUGGAAAAAAAAAAAAUUAAAACAAUAAAAAUUAAUUUUGUGAAACUCAUAACUACUGGAACAGAUUACAGAAACAUGCACUCAAAAAAUAAAUGUAUUUGUUCCACGUGUGUUCGUGUCGGAGAAAUUGGUUCAUCAUCAAGACAAGUGAAAUCAAUUUCAUAACUAUCCCACAAACAAGGUCAGGUUUAAAAAAACAUCGGUUGUCUCCGUAAGUACUUAAAAAGUAGAACAGUAAAUAAAAUUAAUCCAAAAACACCAAACCUAAAAAAUUAACACAAAAGUUAGCAAAUACAAAAGCAAGCCGAAAAAAACCCAUCAAUAUUUCCAAGAGUUAACUUCAAUGUAUCUCAAAAAAAAAAAAAACCCCUUACCUACACCGAACACAGUCAACAAAUACAGUCUAAUAUUUUCACCAGUAGCUUGACAGUCUCGUUAAAAACGAGACCUCAAAAAAUUGGAUAAUGACUCAGAAUUGUUUCUCUCCACGGAAAUCUUUAGUAAAAGGCGAAAGAUUUAUGCGAUCUGAAGAGAAA